AUGAUCGCCCCGCCGCACGCAGCGCCCUCUGGCCCGCCGGUCUUCAAGUUUAGUCGCGACACGUACUCCAUUCGCGUCGAGAACGUGCCCGAGUCUGUCGGGCGGCGCGAGAUCAAGGAGCUGUUCUGCAACCUCAUCGGCGAGGUGCGGCGAUGCGAAGAGCGGAUCUCGGAUGAGCAAGGUCGUUUCAUGGAGUUGACGUUCUAUACCCGGGAUGCCUCGAAAAAGGCGAUGUGCAUGAAUGGUUACACUGUCGCCGGUAUACCUCUGACCGUCACAGCGCUCUGUCCGCCCAACAACUCCCGGCUGGCGACGCAUGCCCGUCAGAUGGACGGUCGUCGAAACCUCUACGUUCUCGGCUUGCCCUUCGACUUGACCAAGGCCGAGUUCACCGAGUACUUCUCUCGCUACGGUAACGUCAGCCAUUCGGUCAUCCUCGCGACCGUCGACAACGCCUCCCGCCGUCGUGGCUUUGUGGUCAUGUCCAGCCACGACGAGGCUAAGGCAGCGAUGGCGGCGCUGUCGAGGACCCAGAUAAAAGGUCAUACUAUCGACGUGUCUUGGGCAGUGGUCCAACGCUCUCAAGGCUUCUUGGACGGUGGCGAUCGUUCCGUCGUUCUUUCCAACCGGUCUUCGUCGCCCACCGACAUGUCCGACGCACCCACUCGCAUCGACACGCCUGACGUCGCCAUCGCACCGACAUCCCCGAUACCCUUGGCCGGUCCUUCGUCAACACUGCUCGUCACGAACCUGCCUUCCCUCUUGUUCUCUCAGAGUACUGACCUGCAGCCCCUGCUCUGCCCCUUCGGCGACGUCAAGCGACUCGAGAUGCUCCAGGCGACCCCCACUGACCUUCAAGCGGGAAGGCUUUCCAUCGUCGUCGAGUACGACUGCGCUCAAAACGCCCAUGACGCAUUGCAUGGUCUGAAUGGCCAGAACUAUGCCGGGUUCCGCAUUGAGGUCAAGCUGAUCGACAAGGUAUCCGAGGCAUCCUCGACUGCUCCCGGCCCUGGGACGAACGUCAAUACGACGUCUGGCUUGAACCCGUCCGCGUCUCCGUUCACUCUGUCCGUCACGCCUUCUAGUCCCGUUAAGCGCUUCGCUCGGUCCCGCGGCUUCUUUGGACGUGAUCUGGUCAACAGCUCGAACGUCUGUCACCUCCCGCCUCCUCUGGACGGAUCUGCUUCUGCUUGGCCUUACCCCGUCCGUCCCGUGUCGGCCUCUGGUAUGGCCGCCUUCGGUCAGGAGAUGUUUCCACCUCCGCCGCCUCAGGCGGCCAACGUUUGGCCUCAAAGGCCUGAGCUUCGAUCUCGCUGGUCCUCGCUUCCACACAUCUUCAACUCGCUGCCGAAUACGCCUAGGCCGCCGUCCACGCAACCUGCUCUUUUGGCCUGAAUCCAUCGCUUUCUUCAAAGCCUCCUCGCGAUACCUAAGCCCACCUCUAAAGCUUCGUCCUCAAACCCUCGCGUUUCGGAACGUCACUGCAAUGUCUCGCUUCUCUUGCCCGCUCGUCUCGCAUUUGUCC